UUUGGUAGCAUCUUACCGGGUAAGUAAGCAAUUGAAUGUUAGCGUUAACCGGAGCCGAUCUUCUCGUUUCAAUUGUCGAACUUGGUCUCAUCUGCACAUAAGGAGUCGAGUCGGAGUUGCGGAUGGACCGAUGAGUUAUAUAUACCAGAAGAGAAGGAGAUAAUCGCAAAAAAGCCUCAUCUAGGUGUUAUCCGAAAGUGAAUUGUUGAAUCGAAAUCGCUGCACAGUUAUUUUCUCUACACGGUCCAAGGUGAAUCAAAGGGAGCUUCUCCAUCAUCAUGUUUCUUCGUGGGGCAGCAUUGAUAUUACCCAAAUCAAGAAGGUUGUUUAACAGUAGCAGUAGCCAUGAUCUUGCCAGCACUAUUGCUGAGCUCAAUAAGGAGAUGGAAUUUGUUUUUGGUGAAGCUCCACCUACAAGUCUUGCUGGUUCCAGUGAAAGUCAACCUACGGAUCGAGAUUCUCAAUCUAUAUCUGUAGAAAAAAUCGCAAACGAAUCUAAGUUGACCCAUAUUAGCACGAAAGGUGAAGCUCAAAUGGUGGAUGUCUCUCACAAGGAUAUUAGCAAGAGAGUUGCUAUUGCUAGUUGCAAGGUUAUUUUGGGGAAGAAAGUAUACGGUUUAGUUUCUGCCAACCAGCUUGCCAAGGGAGAUGUCUUUAGUGUAGCGAAGAUAGCUGGAAUAACUGGAGCGAAGCAGACUAGCAACCUUAUCCCACUAUGCCAUAAUAUCAAUCUAACACAUGUUCGGGUUGAUUUAAGAUUAAAUCCUCAUGAUUAUUGUGUUGAAAUAGAAGGUGAGGCCGCUUCAACCGGGGAAACCGGGGUCGAGAUGGAAGCAAUGACAGCAGUUACCCUUGCUGGCUUAACGGUGUAUGAUAUGUGUAAAGCUGCAUCAAAGGAUAUUCAGAUUACGGAUGUGCGACUGGAACACAAAACUGGAGGGAAAAGUGGGGAUUGGUCCAGGGAGAAAUGAUGAUUGUUCAAAUAUAUAAUCUUCCUAUGAUCAUGGCGGGGGGAUGUCUUAUAGUUUGAAAGUUACAAGUCUACAACUCAGUGGAUAGUCUCCGACUAGUACUGCCGUAAAUGUUGUACUUUGUGCUUCAAAAGUUGUACCUUGUGCUAUGAAGAUUAUACAUUAGUAUUGUGUUUGGUUUAUUAAAUGUUUAUGGGGUAAGCGUUUAUAAGUAA